AUGCCCCAGUCGGAGAUGAAGGCAGCACUGGACGGCGCAGCAAACUCGGCCCCACCAUCAUCCAAGCGUGAGAAGAGGGUGCCAUUUACAGUCAACUUUAUCGUCCAGCUAUGCGGCGAGCUGGAUCUCUCCCUUCCAUUGGAUGCCGCAGUGUAUGCAUGCCUUACCACCACCUUCUUCUGUGCAGCACGGCUAGGUGAGUUCACGCUACCUAACCUAAAAGCUUUCGAGCGGACUGUCCACAUCAAACAUUCCGAUGUGCGAGAGGGGGAGGACCGCCACGGAUAUCGUGUUACGGUAUUCCACCUACCACGCACUAAGACCUCACCCGAGGGCGAGGAUGUGUACUGGGCAGAACAGCAAGGCCUGGCAGAUCCGAAAGGGGCAUUGGCGCAACAUCUGGCCGUUAACGGCGCCGCACAGGACACGCCACUGUUCUCGUGGCAUCACCCGCAAGGACUGCGACCAUUGACGAGAAGUGAAUUCCUGAAACGGCUCAACACUGCGGCGGCAGCUCUCGGCGCAACCAACUCGCUGAAAGGCCACGGCAUCCGCAUCGGCGCAGUGCUCGAGUACCUGCUCCGGGGCAUAUCCUUCGAAGUGGUAAAGUCCAUAGGGAGAUGGAGCAGUGAGACUUUCCGAGUCUAUCUGCGUCAACACGCAGUGAUCAUGGCACCGUAUAUGCAGAGCAGCCCCGUCCUGGAGCCGUUCACACACUACACAACACCGCCUCCGCGGUAA